AUGUACGCCAAAGCACACUUUGCAUGUGGCGGGGGUGAAGACGGCAUGGAAGAACUUAUCCUCAUCGUAGGCGAGAUCCUGUGCCGUAAGUCCAACACAGGCCGCCUCACUGCCACCAAACAGCUGUGCCAGGGCAAACAGUGUCUCAUUCUUCUGCCGCGCCUGCGCCGGAACCAGUCGCAUGUACAAAUACCCUGCCAACACACGCUCGUGCAGGGCACAGAGCCGCCGUAUCAGCUGGUCGAUGCGCUCGUGGUCGUGCGGUGUGGCACGCAGCAAGAAAGCACGUCGGUACACCAUGAGGAGGUAUGCCGCAACAAUGGCAUCGAUGGGGCGCGCCUCAGCGUUCGCCACGCGUGUGCGGAUCUCCGUCAUCACAUCUCCGGAGUCCGUGUACACGAAGUGGCGCCACGGCGCGGACGGGCCCGUCUCAGCGCCACACGCCGCACACUGCACACGCGAGCUCCACUCCGAGUUGUGCUCUUGGCACCAGACACACGUCCAUGGGCCGUCCACCCGUAUAUAGGAGAGCAACAGCGGUUGCUGCCGAUCCUGUUGCGUCGUGGAUCUGUGCGGCGACGCAGACGAGAGUAA